GUGGACGGAGCCGGAGCUGGCGCCGGCGCCGGGCAGUGGGCUGGGGGUGGGUGGGAGUCGCGAUUCCCGUGUGGGUCGGGGCCGGAGCCAUGCUGCGCCGGGGCUGGAAUGCUCCUGUUCGUCGCGUGCUUGGCCUUGCUGUGCUUUGUGCUCGGCGCCCUCCUGGGCCGGUGGCUUCUGGUCCGGAUAGCCACCAAGUGGUGUGAGCAGAAGCUGCAGGCAAAGCUAAAGAUUGGCUCCUUUUUUCGAAUCCAAAAUGUCAGUCUUAAGUUUCAGCAGCACCAACAAACAGUGGAAAUUGAUAGCCUGUGGAUUUCCAGCAAGCCCCUUAGUCGUGAUCUACCACGCUAUGUGGCUUUGCGCUUUGGAGAAGUGCGUAUCAGAACGGAUCUGCAGGAGGCUUCCAGCCUUUUUGCCCCAUUCUCUCAGAGCACUGGGGUGCAUAAAAAGGAGAUGUCCUUUAGCCCAUCUUUAUUGAAAAUCUUCUGCCAGCUAUUCUCCAUUCAUGUAGAUUCUAUAAAUAUCAUGGUUCUCAAGGUGGCUACCUCUGAGUCCCUGUGGCAUAUCCAAAUCAGGGAUAGCAGCUUUCUUUUGAAUUGUGAUGGGAAAAGGCUAAAAUGCGAGGUGAACCUAAAUCAGAUCAACAGCAAAGUUCUAAAGAGUGGUCAGUUGGAGGACACCUGUCUUGCAGAACUCUCACUGGCUCUAAAAUUGUGUCUAGAGAUAAGCAUUAGUAGUUGGCAACUGAAGGCAAUCUCUGUGGAAGUGAGGAAACUACAGGGUGAGCUGCAUGAAGGUCUUUUUCAUAGUCAACUGCUUCGUCAGGGACCUAGUCUGUCACCCUCGCCUGUUUCCUGUUCAGAGAUGACUGAGGACUUGACUGAGCCAGUUCUGCCUGGGCUGUAUUUUCUUCAACGACUGCCAAACCAGGUCAAAGUGGAGGUUGAAAUCAUAAGUGUGGUAUUGUCCAUGAAUAGUCAAAAGAGGCAUCUGAACUGUACACUGAAGAGGCUAGGUUUUUUAUAUCACUGCGAUGAAGAUCAACUUCCACUUCGAAGCUUCACAUCAAAGUCUGAUAUGGCACAGAUGACCUCUGAACUCGUGCUGAAAGAUGGAUUAUUGCUGUCCCAGAGCCGCCAGCGCAUUGUCUGCCUCAAUUUUCUCAAGGUUAGUGUGCAGGUGACCACCAUUGACCUCUCAUCCACCCUGAUUUUGAACACUUGCAUUAUUCAUUACCGGCACCAAGAAUUCUCUCAUUGGCUACAUAUGCUAGCACUGGAUACUCAAAGGUCAAGUUCAUCUAUUCUUAAAAGAGAAGAAAGAUUCUUCCCCCAGAUUCUGGCUCCUAUCAACUUAAGCACCUCUAUCUCCAAUGUCAACAUUUCUAUUCAGCUGGGAGAUACACCACCCUUUGCCUUGGGAUUCAAUUCUGUCUCUCUGGAUUACCAGCACUUGAGGUCACAGAGUAUUCAUCAGCGGGGCGUCCUAACUCUAGAUCAUCUCUGUUGGCGGGUGGGCAGUGACUCCCACAUUCAGCGGGCAUCCCACCCACCCAAUAUGCAUGUUUGGGGUGAGGCACUUGUCCUGGACUCCUUCACACUGCAGGGUAGCUAUAACCAGCCUCUGGGCACAUCCAGCACCCAGUCAGAUACCCUCUUUCUGGACUGUACUAUUCGAGGACUGCAGGUAGAAGCAUCAGACACCUGUGCCCAAUGUCUGUCUCGAAUUUUAUUAUUGAUGGGCCCACAGUCUGGCAAACCAACUGUUUCUAGAGAAUCUUCAUUUGGAGAAUCUGUGUCAUUAUUGUGGAAGAUGGACUUGAAGGUGGAGGACAUGAACUUGUUCACCCUUUCUCCUCUAGUUGGUGCUUUAGAGGUUCGACUGGACACGUUGACUAUCCUGGGCAGUGCUGAAACAUCGACCGUGGAUAUUCAAGGACUUGUACUUGCACUGGUGAAGUCAGUCACAGAGAAGAUGCAGCCCUGUUGCAAGGCUCCUGACAUUCCUGCUCCAGUGCUCUAUCUCUCCAUACUCUCCAUCACCUAUCACAGCAGCAUCCACUCUCUAAAGGUUCAUUGUGGUACAGGAUUGACUUUACUAUGGAGCCCUCCAGAUCACAUGUACCUAUAUCAGCAUAUCCUAGCUACUUUACAGAGCCAAGAUCUUCUGAGAGCUACUCUGUUUCCCGAGACUGUUCCACUUCUUGAACUAGAGAUUCCUAGGACUGCUUGUGAGUUAGAAAGCCUGGAGCCAUCUCCCCGAAAGCGACUGCUAAACUUAACACUAGAAGUGAGCACAGCCAAACUGACAGCAUUUGUAGCUGAGGACAAGUUCAUUACCCUGGCUGCCGAGAGUGUUUCAAUCAGCCGACAUGGGAGUUCACUGGAGGUUUACUGUCCAGAGCUGGCUGCUGGAUUUGAUGGCAAUGCUAUUUUCAGUUUCAAGGAGGUGGAGUUGCAGCUGCUACCUGAACUGGAGGAGAUGAUCCUCCAUCGAAAUCCCUUCCCUAUGUUACAGACCCUCCGAAACCGUGUUUGGCUUCUCUCCUUGGGCUCAGUUUCAGUGGAGUUUCCUUAUCAGUAUGACUUCUCUCGAACUUUAGAUGAGGCUGUGGGAGUGCAGAAAUGGUUGAAGGGCCUGCAUCGAGGAACUCAUACUCAGGCCUCUCCAAGUUCAACCCCCCUCCCACCUGAUCUAUUUUUGAAGAUUCAGCACUUCUCAUUUGUUUUUCUGGAUGACAUUUUUGAGGUGAAGCUUCGUGAUAACUAUGAACUGAUGAAGGAUGAAAGUAAGGAAAGUGCCAAAAGGCUACAGCUAUUGGAUGCUAAAGUCGCUGCCCUUCGGAAACAGCAUGGAGAGUUAUUGCCAGCCCGCAAAAUUGAGGAACUUUAUUCUUCUUUGGAACACAAAAACAUUGAAAUCUACAUCCAGCGCUCCCGUCGUCUCUAUGGCAACACCCCCAUGCGCCGGGCACUGCUCACUUGGAGCCUAGCAGGGUUAGAGUUGGUGGCUUUGGCAGAUGCUUCCUUCCAUGGUCCUGAACGUGUGUUAGAGCAGGUUCGAGAACUUGAUCCAGUCAGCCCAUUUCCUGCAGAAGGAAUAGAUCUUGCUAUUCAGUGGUGUCGUAUGAUUAAAUGCAGUGUCAAGACAUUUCUGGUUCGGAUAAGAGACUAUCCCCGGUACCUGUUUGAAAUCCGUGACUGGAGACUGGUGGGUCGGCUUGUGGGCACUGAGCAAUAUGGUCAGCCUUCUUCCCGUCGACGUCAAAUAUUGCAUUUGGGGCUUCCUUGGGGUAAUGUGGCAGUCGAGAGGAAUAUGCCCCCACUCAAAUUCUACCAUGACUUCCACUCGGAAAUCUUCCAGUAUACAGUGGUUUGGGGCCCAUGCUGGGAUCCAGCCUGGACACUGAUUGGCCAAUCUGUAGACCUCUUGACUAAACCCUCAGCUGAUCCCAGCCCACCCUUGCCCUGGUGGGACAAGAACCGUCUUCUGUUCCAUGGGAACUGGCACAUGGACAUUGAACAGGCCAAUCUGCACCAACUUGCUACUGAGGAUCCAUACAACACAACUGAAAACAUGCACUGGGAGUGGAACCACUUGUCAUUUCACUGGAAACCCUGUCAGUUUGUAUUCAAGGGUGAUCUGGAUGUCAAUGUGAGAACAGCCUCUAAGUAUGAUGACUGCUGCUUCCUUCAUCUGCCUGACCUCUGCAUGACACUGGACCUGCAGUGGCUAUGCCAUGGGAACCCCCACGAUCACCAUAGUGUUACUCUGUGGGCCCCAGAGUUCCUACCUGAGGUACCCUUGGGGCAAUUUCAUGACUCCUACCGGGCCUUCCGUUCCAAAAACCUCAAUCUCUCCAUCAAGAUGGAUCUGACUCGACACAGUGGGACAAUAUCUCAGCCCCACAUUUUGCUAUAUAGUAGUACACUGCGCUGGAUGCAAAACUUCUGGGCCACUUGGACUAGUGUCACUAGACCUAUCUGCAGGGGAAAACUCUUCAAUAAUUUGAAACCCAGCAAAAAGAAACUUGGCCAGCACUAUAAGCAGCUUUCCUAUACUGCAUUCUUUCCACAACUACAGGUGCAUUAUUGGGCCUCAUUUGCCCAGCAGCGGGGCAUCCAAAUUGAAUGCAGCCAGGGACAUGUCUUCACUCGGGGAACUCAGCGGCUUAUACCUCAAGCAGGCACAGUGAUGCGACGCCUCAUCUCUGAGUGGAGUAUAACCCAAAUGGUUAGUGACCUGAGUGAAGUGACUGUUCACCUGAUGGCCUCACCUACUGAAGAGAAUGCUGAUCACUGUCUUGAUCCCUUGGUAACAAAGACUCAUCUACUGAGCCUGUCUUCCCUUACCUACCAACGGCAUAGCAAUCGCACAGCUGAAGAGGUAAUGACAGUCUCUUUUGUAUUUGUAUCAAUAGGCGAUCCUGCCUUUCAUACACAUCAGCUACACCUGGUAGAUUUACGGGCUUCUUGGACAACCACCAAUCGAGAUAUUGCUUUUGGUUUAUAUGAUGGCUACAAAAAGGCAGCUGUACUCAAACGUAAUCUUUCUACUGAGGCCCUGAAAGGAUUAAGGAUUGAUCCCCAGAUGUCAGCCAAAAAGCCAAAGCAGAGUGUCGAGACCAGUGCCCCUGCCCCACCUCCUGCCACCAUUCCCAGCUUAAGUGUUCAGCCUGAUAAGGAAUCAUCAGGAGGUGCAUAUAUGCUACAGAAGUUGAUUGAAGAGACAGAUAGGUUUGUAGUGUUCACAGAAGAGGAAUCAGGUGUAAGUGACCAGUUGUGUGGCAUUGCUGCCUGCCAGACAGAUGAUAUAUAUAAUCGAAACUGCCUUAUUGAGCUCGUCAACUGCCAGAUGGUCCUUCGUGGAGCAGAAACUGAAGGCUGUGUCAUUGUGUCAGCUGCCAAAGCCCAAUUGCUGCAGUGCCAACACCAUCCAGCCUGGUAUGGUGACACAUUGAAGCAAAAGACAUCCUGGACUUGUCUGUUGGAUGGCAUGCAGUACUUUGCCACUACUGAAAGCAGUCCCACUGAGCAGGAUGGUCGACAGCUCUGGUUAGAGGUGAAGAAUAUUGAGGAGCAUCGUCAGCGUAGCCUGGACUCUGUGCAGGAGUUGAUGGAGAGUGGACAAGCAGUGGGAGGCAUGGUUACCACCACCACAGACAGUGACCAGCCAACUGAAGCACACGCCCAACAAGUCCAGCGGAUCAUUUCACGCUGCAACUGCCGAAUGUACUAUAUCAGUUAUAGCCAUGAUAUUGAUCCUGAUCUGGCAACUCAGAUUAAGCCACCUGAGGUUCAUGAGAACCAGGAAAAGGAAGAUCUCCUAAAGAAGCAAGAAGGAGCUGUAGAUACCUUCACUCUUAUUCAUCAUGAGCUAGAAAUUUCCACCAAUCCGGUUCAGUAUGCCAUGAUAUUGGAUAUUGUCAACAAUCUACUGCUCCAUGUAGAACCCAAACGGAAGGAACAUAGUGAGAAGAAGCAGCGGGUUAGGUUCCAGUUGGAGAUCUCUAGCAAUCCUGAGGAGCAACGCAGCAGUAUAUUACAUUUGCAGGAGGCUGUACGACAGCAUGUGGCUCAGAUACGGCAGCUGGAAAAGCAGAUAUAUUCUAUCAUGAAGUCUUUGCAGGAUGAUAGCAAGAAUGACAACCUACUUGACCUGAACCAAAAACUUCAGCUGCAGUUAAACCAGGAGAAAGCUAAUCUACAGUUGGAAAGUGAAGAGCUUAAUAUCCUCAUCAGGUGUUUUAAGGAUUUUCAGUUGCAACAGGCCAAUAAGAUGGAGCUACGAAAGCAACAAGAAGAUAUCAGUGUGGCCCGUCGCACUGAAUUCUAUUUUGCUCAGGCACGGUGGCGCCUGACAGAGGAAGAUGGACAGCUAGGAAUUACUGAACUGGAGCUACAGCGAUUUCUCUAUAGCAAGGUGAAUAAGUCUGAUGACACAGCUGAACAUCUUCUGGAGUUGGGCUGGUUCACUAUGAACAAUCUUCUUCCUAAUUCUGUGUAUAAGGUAGUCCUACGACCCCAGAGCUCCUGUCAGUCUGGGCGACAGCUAGCAUUGCGCCUCUUCAGCAAAGUUCGACCCCCAGUUGGAGGUAUCUCUGUGAAAGAGCAUUUUGAGGUAAACGUCGUGCCUCUCACCAUCCAGUUGACACACCAGUUCUUCCAUAGAAUAAUGGGCUUUUUCUUUCCUGGCCGAAAUGUGGAAGAUGAUGAGGUUGGUGAUGAAGAAGAUAAAUCCAAACUGGUGACUACUGGAAUACCGGUGGUAAAGCCUCGGCAGCUGAUUCCAACAGAUGAUGCAGCACCACUGGGCCCUGGGAAGGGUGUGACACAGGGCUUAAAUCGGAGUUCCGGAGUCAGAAGGUCAUUUCGAAAGGGAGCUGAGCACCCUGUAGAUGAUAUUGACAAGAUGAAAGAGCGAGCUGCUAUGAACAACUCCUUCAUCUACAUAAAGAUUCCACAGGUUCCACUGUGUGUCAGCUAUAAGGGUGAGAAGAACAGUGUUGACUGGGGUAACCUUAACCUGGUUCUUCCAUGUCUGGAGUAUCACAACAACACAUGGACAUGGCUAGACUUUGCCAUGGCUGUCAAGAGGGACAGUCGCAAAGCUUUGGUUGCCCAGGUAAUUAAAGAAAAACUAAGGUUGAAGACUGCCACAGGGACUGAAGUCCAGGGAAAGCUAAAAACUACAUCAGAUCGCAACAUGCAGCAGCAGGAAGAGGAGAAAGCUCGGCUCCUCAUCGGUUUAAGAGCGGGCAACAAGAACCCUGGCAAGAAAUCCAUCUUUGGCUGGCGCAAGUGAUCUAGCAAGAGUGUUGCUGCACACCAUCUGACUCUGGCUCAUGCUCUAGGACUGUGGGAUAGGAGGCACUUCCCUUUCGCUCCAGUAGGGUGUUGGGGUAGUUACUGUGGAGAGGCAUUGCUCUUUAGCAUCUUAUCUGUUCCCCGAAGAGCGUGGUGGACAUUAAUGCUGAGUUCUACCUCACACUGAUCAGUAGGUGCCGGGCCAGAGAGACAUCAAGAGAGUGAGACCCAGAGAAUAGACCCAGGACUAGGAUCUGGUUCUCCGGGAAUUAGCUGAAAGGGUGGGGAAGACAGUCCUGAUCAAAUGUGCUAAAUCUUUAUAAACAUACAUACAUUUAAAUUUAUACAUAUAUAUUUAUAAGUGUAACUGCUCUCCCUUGUGCCAGAAACCUGAGGUUGAGGGUAGGGGGCUGAUUUAUCCCUCAUUCCACUGCCUUGAAUGAAAGAGGUAUUGGUGUUCUGGGGUAAAUCAGCCCCUCCUCAUUCUGCCAAGCUCAUUUGGGAAGAUGGCAAUAAAUGCCAGGUUGGCCACAGUGUCCCUGGGUUAUGACCUGGAGAAUGAUAAAUGAUUUAAAGAGAAAAAUAUAUUUUAAAUUUGA